AUGCAAAUGGAAGACAAAGGCGAGGCACUUAAUCCUGAUGCAAUGUAUUCUCUUUUGAAGGAGAUUGACCAAGAGAUUUCUCACACCGACAAUAUCAGCAUUGAUCAACUCCCAGAAGAGGAUACCUUGGACAAUGAAAAGAAAAUUGACGCCAGUGAGAAUGUCAUUGAAAAUACAGAGGAGGAGGCUCUCCAGUUGGGUGACGAGAGUGCAAAUACAACUACCGAAAUUAAAGAAACAUCUUGCACAGAGGACCACGAUACUGUCGAAAACACAGAAGAUGUCAUAAGUAUGGCAGAAGGACUCGAUAAAGCACCUCUAGAGACUGCUUGGAUCAAACACAACUAUCAGCAGACUAAACCUGUGGUUUCAAAAAGAUUAAUCUCAAAUGAUGGAUCAGACACUUCUGUUGAAGAUAUUAAUGCAAGUACCAGAAUUCCUUCUUAUACUUCCGAAGAAAUAACUGGCCUAGAGUUGAAGGAUAAGAUGGUCACCGAUGUAGGUGAAAGAUUAUCUCAUUUCCUAGAUCAGAAAUAUGCUGAGAAUCCAAAUUUGCCUGCAUUGAAAGGAAUGCUCUCAAUGGCCGAUGAAAAAGCCAUGGAAGAUGACCCAAAAAAGGAUAAACCAUUGGUGUUCACAAUUGAGCCAACUAAACCACUUUUUCCUUCGAAGGAAGUAUCUUCAACCAUGAUUCAAGUCGAAAUUCACACUCCUGAUGAAGAUGAUGUUGAUGGUGCGGCAGCAGACACCAAAGAAGCAACCAAUCUCCUGCUUGAUUCUAAGAUCCCAGUCACUCCUAACGUCUGCAUCAACAGAUUCGUAAAUAAUAACGGGGAAACAAGGGUUUCAUCUGGCUCAUCGACAGAAGAUGCACAAGAACUUAAUACGCACAGAUUUCAGGACCGGUAUCAUCUUCUCAGCGGUGCCCAAGCAGUUCCACAACUCCCUCAGUUGCCUGCUUUAACAUUGCAGGAUUAUAAGUCAUCAAGUGUUCAAAGCGUUAACGCUUCAAGAAUAUUUAGUGUUGCAACUACAAAUGACAACUACCAGUCGGCAAAAGAAUAUGAUUUGUCCUCAACUGUUGGAUGUGAAGAACUCUCUGAUGACGCAUCAGUAAAGGACUUAGAGAUCCCGGAACCGAAUGAGUUGCCUUGCUUUCCGACUUUUCAACUGGACUCUACUUCCAUGAAGACAUCCAGUUCUAUGGAAACGGUACAGCAUGAUAAAGCAAAGUUCAACUCAGACGUCAAUAUCGCGGAUGAUACUAUGGAACAAAUAGAACAAGAGGAGGCAGAAUUGAUUUCUAACCCGGAGAGAAGUGGAAGUCCUACAAAUGAUAAUAUGUCUCAACAUAGCCAGAAUAGACAGUUGCUGGGCGUAUCAGAGGUGUCACAGGCACAACAGGCACCAGAGCACCAUGUAGAAAUGUCAGUUGAGUUUCAAGACGAAGGAAGAAGGGAUAUAACCAGUAGCUUCUCGAGAGAAAGUGAUCGAAUCGAGCUACCACCUUUGCCUCCUAUGAAUGGACUUUCGACAAUGUUUGACCAGGAUUUAUUCAAUGACCAUGAGACCUCGCACGAGUCAAUUGAUUUAACUUCGUCGUCCCACAAGGAGAAUUAUCUGUCAAUUUGGCACUCACAGAAAACAGGGGGCAGUUUUAUAUCUCCAGCAUUGAGCACCAAUUCUCAAUUUAGUACUCAAUCACGUACAUCAUCAGUGCCGACAAAUCAUAGCGGAAGUUCAUUUAAAUUCAAAUCGAGAAUCAUUUCGAAUUCUCAUGUAUUCAAGCAAGAAGCAUUUAGACAAUUCAGUGAUGAGUAUGUCCUCAGCACACAAGAUGAUAGUAAGUUGGAUCCGCUAAGAAGAAAUACUAUCAUGUCCAAGCGUAUCCAGCAAGAACUCAAGACACAAGCUAAAAUGUAUCCAUUUGCUAAUAAAUUUGCUUUGGAUGAAAGUUCGGAACCAAGUAUACACAACGAAUCAAUUAUUACUGGGGACAUUUCGAGAACAAGUGACAAGGCGGUUGACACUACAAACAUUUUAUCCCAUAAGAAUUUGACACUUUUGCCGCCGCAAUCAACUGAAACUGUAUUUUCGUCCUUUUUAGACAAUUUUGAUAAAGACGACUUUGAAGAGAAGUUGGCAGAAGAAUCUCGAUUGAACUCAAAGAAGAAUCUUCAAACUACUUGGGGUCAUUUCCGAGACGUCAGUUCUGGUAAUGUAGAUAUUAAGGCAACUCAGCAACAGAUUGCUGAAGUUCUUCACAAUCAAAACGAAGAUGUCGUUCAAGUGGGGUCGCAUAUUCAAGAUGUUAAGGUGUUACUCGGGAAUGAAAUUGAGGGAUACGAUGUUCAAAAAUCAGUAUCGGAUCUGUCAGUAGAGACCACAAAAAAAUCGCCAAUUAAGCACGUAGGAUCACCCUUCAAAGUGAAAGCUCGAUCUGAAACACCACCUCAAUCGCCCGUAGUCUACGAAAGGGAUACUACAGAAGUAAAUGAAGGACUGCAGCGAGCUCCGACGACAUCAUUAGCUUCUGUUUAUCUAGAAAACUCCCUUCAAGAAUUUGAAUCCUCGGAGCUUCAAGAUCAUGGCAAACUAUACUUGAAACUAAAGAGUAUCAAUUCGCUUCGUUUACAACAAAUUAAACGCCAUAAUGCAAAGUAUUGCAUAGAGUUUGAUAAUGGAAAAGAGGUUAUUGAAACACCGUGGGAAUCCAUUCCGGAAGAUGGUCCUAUUAAAAUGAGUCAGGAAUUUGAAGUAAACAUGGAAUCAAAUAACGUCACUUUAUUCAUGACUAUGAAAAUUCGAUACACAAGCCCUCAAAAUCAACUAACUGAGGUUGUAGAGAAGAUUCCUAUCAAGAAACGAUUUGCGUUCGGCAAAACAAAGUAUAGGCUUGAGAAAAGGUUUGUUACUAAGAAAUUGAAAUAUGACGAUUGGGACUUCAAAUUCGCAAAGGAUGGUUCAUUUGCACGCUGCCAGGUAAAUGUCAAUAAAAAUAUGCUGAAACAAAUCAAAUACAAAACAAAUGAGCUACACUUUGAAUUCCUCAAUGAAUGGGAGCGCGAAUUUGAUGAGAAAAUCGCACAAACAUAUAAAGAAGACGAAUUAUGGAAACUUCCUCGGAAAAAUCCAUCUAAGGUUUGCUCUCUUACAGUUGAUGUGAUGUAUCUUCCAAGAACUUCGUCCAUGGAAAGAUUCCCAAAGAAUCUGAAGGCAGUUCAGAAGUGUUGCGAGAAGUAUCUUGAACAGCAAAGGGUCAAUAAUGAAGGAUUCCUGUGGCAAGAAGGCGGUGAUGUAGAGGGAAUGUUGAAAAGAAGAUAUAUGAUUUUGAAAGGCACUGAACUUAUAGCUCAUGACGAAGUUACCAGAAAACCACAAACUUUGUUGAAUCUUCUAAACGUAGUAGAUAUAUACUCUGAUGGUAAAACGGCAACUGGAAAACAAAUGAGAAACUUUACUGAUAUGGUACUUUUCAGCGAUUGCUUCAAACUCCUUUUUGCAAAUGAUGAAGUUAUAAAUUUUAACGCUGAUUCUAAUCUUUUAAAACAACAAUGGGUUGAAAUUUUGACCAGCGUUGUUGAACUGAAUAAAUUCCAUCAACCAUGGAUCAAAAGAGUUUUUGAAAACGAACAAUACAACAUUACUUUUUAA